UUGAAGUAAGGUUGGCCAACCAUGUUUUUGAAUAAUAUCAAUGGCUAAACAAUUAUAAGCAUAUUUUCAUUAUUUUUUUUAACGCAACCCUUCCAGAUUCUUUGUUUAACCCAUAGCAACGCCCAUAACAACGAAAAUGCUUUUCUUCGGCAAUCUUCGGAAAUCUUCGGAAAUUACGUCACACCGGGAAGUGCGAGGGAAGUCCGCCAUACACACAGUAUUGUUUGUUGCAUUGCUUCUUGGUAAGAUGCCACGGCGGUGUGUGGCGAUGUUUUGUUCUCACUCCAACGACAAGUUGUUUGAGUGGCCAAAGGAUACCAGGGCACGUAAAUGGACAUCUUUCGUUCGCACGAAGCGAAUGAAUUUCACGCCAUCAUCGAGUAGUGUUAUCUGCUACAAACACUUCGAAGAUGCCUGCUUCCUUAACCGGACUGCUUAUGAUCAAGGAUUUGCAAAAAAGUUAUUACUCAAUGCAACUGCUGUCCCAACAAUUCACCUGCCUCCACAAGACCAGCAAGAUCAAAAUCCACCUGUCCAGCGCACAGCAGCAGCUACCCGAGAAAGGAAGCGAACCUUAGCUGAGGCUAUCAGCUCUGCAGCUGCCGCCGAACAAGAGAUGGCUGAGUGUGGGGGUACGUUAUUGCUGGAUGAAUCCUGUUCAAACAGCCAUCAAGAUGAUGAAGUGACACCAACACAUAGGGUGGAUAAAAUGGUGCAGACAUUGAAGUAUUGCCCUCCAUGCGAGAAAUGCAAGACAAGGGCAAAUUACCGGUCCAUUGGUAUACAAUGCAACUUGGGCCAACCAGAACCCAAAAGGAAGAAAGUUUGUAUGCCACUGGUUGACACAGACAGUGAAGAGGAGAGUGACGUGGAAAUGGACAGUCAACACCUCCCAGACCAUGAUGUGGAAUAUAUUGCAGGGGAGGACAGCGAUGAAGAUGAACCAAGUUCCUCAGAUGAUGAAGUGACACAUGACAGCUUUGAAGAAAUCCGGGGCAAUGAAAGUGAAGACCUUCACAAGCAGCGGAAGUAUUUGGUGUUCGAGUCCUCCCUGAUUGCCCUCUUGGCCGUUUGUGUCCUUUGUAAAGGCAGAAGCACUUGCUACCGCUAUGUCAAAGGGACGCUGGUGAAGAUCCAAGCUGUUUGCACUGUUUGUAGGAACAAGCAUCAGUGGUGUAAUCAGCCCUUUGUUAGAAACCUGCCUGUACUAAACGUCCUUCUCAGCUCAGCGAUCCUGUUUACUGGAAGUUUGCCAAGCAAGGCUUUAAGAAUAUUCAGAUUCCUGAAUAUUCAGUGCCACAAUAAGUGGGCAUACUUCCACCACCAGGCCACGUAUAUACAUGAAGCACUGACAACCACAUGGACAAAGAAGCAGUGUGCUCUUUUGGGGUCCAUUACGGAGAAGGAACUGGUCCUUGGAGGAGAUGGAAGAUGUGACUCCAUGGGUCACUGUGCCAAGUACGGGAGUUAUAAUUUGAUGGAACUGGAUCUCAACAAGGUGCUAACUGUUCAUCUGGUGCAGAGUAACGAGACUGGGGGAAGCUAUGGAAUGGAACUGGAGGGCCUGAAAAGAUGCCGUCAGGAGUUGGAAGGCUUCAAUGUAAAAGUUGUCAUCACUGACAGGCAUCGCCAGGUGGCGAAAUGGAUCAGGGAGAAUUGGACUCAAGUCAUCCAUUAUUAUGAUUGUUGGCACAUUGUUAAAGGUAUGUGCAAGAAACUGGACUCCUUGGGCAAAAAGAAGAGCAUGUCGAUUGUGAAGGAUUGGGUACAAAGUUUGAAGUGCCAUUUGUACUGGUGUGCACUUUCCUCCCAGACACCGGAAGAAAAGAAGCAGAAGUGGCUGGCAUGUGUGGACCACCUGCAGAACGUGCACGAUAGUUGUUUACAUCCUCCAAUUACUACAAACAAAGCGUGGCUAUUACCAGGUACUGAAGUUAACGUCGCAGUGGUGGAACUCCUGACAAAGACCAUGUUUGUCAACGAUGUCAUGAAGAUGUCUCACCUCGGACAGACCAGUGGCGUUGAAACUUUUCACAGUGUGGUGAAUCACUUUGCUCCAAAGAUGUACCACUUCUCGUACAAAGGAAUGAAAAGCAGAAUCAUUCUCGCUGCUAUGCAUUAUAACGAAAAUGCUGGGAGACCACAGAAAGUGACGAAGGAAGGAAUACACUCCUACUGUAUCGUUUAUCCCAAAUAUAAGAGUGGUGGAUAUUCUCUGAGAAAGAUAUUGGUGGAUGCAACUUAUGACUAUGUGAAUGACUGCCUGUCAGAGGUGAUGAAACUGAUUGACAUUCCAAAGAAGCACAGAACUGGUGAUGUGUUAGUCGACCCACAAUUUCUUACAGCAGCAGUGAACAGACCGGACAAGUCAAUUGUUAUUGCCGAGCACCAUACUAGAUUCCUCAGGAAAUAAAGAAUCACAUUCCCUGUA